AUGCGCGGUGAGAUCGACUGCAAGGCACCGGGCCUUCAGCUUCUGAGACACAAAGCGUUGGAGAAGCUGCAGUCAUGGCCUAGUCACGAGUUUCUGCAUAUGAAGCGAGAGUGGAAUCAGAGCGCAGAUCGACUAGCCAGCACAGCAUUGCAGAGCGAAAAGGGAAGAACGGUUGUAGCUGAAGAGGAUCGGCAAGAUCUGAUGACUCUGAACCGUCUCGAUGAAUUGUUGAAGCCCAAGCAAGAUGGUCAGCUAGCUCGGGUAACUGCGAUCGCGAGAUCAGCCAGGAGGAUACGUCAUGAACCUGAAGUGAUACAGGAGGAGAUAGUACAGAGGAUCAGGAUUCAACGAAUUGUCCAAGCUCAAGAUGAAGAGCGUUGGAUUGUCAAUCUCAAGACAUAUCUAAGUGGCGAUGUAUCAAACUUGGAUGCGGUAGAAGUGAAGAUGUGCGCCAAACUGGCGCCGGAUUACGAGAUCGAUGAGAACAAUCUGCUAUUUUUUUGCCCCAUGGCGAAAAGAGAGUCGGAAGAUCGCGAUGGUUUGAUGCGGUUGGUGAUCCCUGAGACGUUGCAGCAGGAUUUUUGCAUCACUAUCACACGAGUCUGGAAGGAGGCCAUCAGGGUAUUGGCCGAACCUAUCAGAGGAUCAGAUCGCGAUUUCAUUGGAGAGGACUGUAUCGGAGCGUUCAACGAUAUGUGGGCGAAUGUACCGACUGUGAGACCGGGAAAGGAAACCCGAUGA